AGGCCAGAGAAAGAGACGCCGACGAUCACGUCAUUCCAUACACGUGUCGGAAUUGUACUGGCUCGUCCAUGACUAAGGCGGUCCUUCUCCUUCCCCAUCUAUAAAUCGGUUCACAAUCCCUCCUUCCAUCUUCACAAUUCAUUCAUAACACCGAUAUAUCUCUUAUCAUAUCCCCGAUCUUCGAUUCAGAGCUUUCUUCCUCUCAAUUCCUCUCAAGAUGCAGAUCUUCGUUAAGACUCUUACCGGAAAGACCAUCACUCUCGAGGUCGAGAGCAGCGACACCAUCGAUAAUGUCAAGGCGAAGAUCCAGGACAAGGAGGGGAUCCCUCCGGACCAGCAGAGGCUGAUCUUCGCCGGCAAGCAGCUGGAAGACGGCAGGACCUUGGCUGACUACAACAUCCAGAAGGAGUCGACCCUUCACCUGGUUCUCCGUCUGCGUGGAGGCAUGCAGAUCUUCGUCAAGACCUUGACCGGAAAGACAAUCACUUUGGAGGUUGAGAGCUCCGACACCAUCGAUAAUGUCAAGGCGAAGAUCCAGGACAAGGAGGGCAUUCCCCCGGAUCAGCAGAGGCUUAUCUUCGCCGGUAAGCAGCUGGAGGAUGGAAGGACUUUGGCUGAUUAUAACAUCCAAAAGGAGUCCACACUUCACCUUGUCCUGAGACUCAGGGGAGGUAUGCAGAUCUUUGUGAAGACCCUGACUGGGAAGACCAUCACCCUUGAGGUCGAGAGCAGUGACACCAUCGACAAUGUUAAGGCGAAGAUCCAGGACAAGGAGGGGAUUCCUCCGGAUCAGCAGCGGCUGAUCUUCGCCGGGAAGCAGCUGGAAGACGGGAGGACCUUGGCGGAUUACAACAUCCAGAAGGAGUCGACCCUUCACCUGGUUCUCCGUCUGCGUGGAGGCAUGCAGAUCUUCGUCAAGACCCUCACGGGAAAGACGAUUACUUUGGAAGUCGAGAGCUCCGACACCAUUGAUAACGUAAAGGCCAAGAUCCAGGACAAGGAGGGGAUUCCUCCGGAUCAGCAGAGGCUGAUCUUCGCUGGUAAGCAGCUGGAGGAUGGAAGAACCCUCGCUGACUACAACAUCCAGAAGGAGUCGACCCUCCAUCUCGUUCUGAGGUUGAGGGGAGGUAUGCAGAUCUUUGUGAAGACCUUGACUGGGAAGACCAUCACCCUGGAGGUUGAGAGCUCCGACACCAUCGACAAUGUCAAGGCGAAGAUCCAGGACAAGGAGGGCAUUCCUCCAGACCAGCAGAGGCUUAUCUUCGCGGGCAAGCAACUUGAGGAUGGAAGGACCCUUGCUGACUACAACAUUCAGAAGGAGUCUACCCUCCACCUUGUCUUGAGGCUCAGAGGUGGUAUGCAAAUCUUUGUGAAGACUCUGACUGGCAAGACCAUUACUUUGGAGGUGGAGAGCAGCGAUACCAUUGACAAUGUCAAGGCUAAGAUCCAGGACAAGGAGGGCAUCCCACCAGACCAGCAGAGGCUCAUCUUUGCAGGAAAGCAGCUCGAGGAUGGCCGAACUCUGGCCGAUUACAACAUUCAGAAGGAGUCCACCCUCCAUCUGGUGCUGAGGCUCAGGGGAGGAAUGCAGAUCUUUGUCAAGACCCUUACUGGAAAGACCAUCACUUUGGAGGUCGAGAGCAGUGACACCAUUGAUAAUGUCAAGGCCAAAAUUCAGGACAAGGAGGGUAUCCCACCAGACCAGCAGAGGCUGAUCUUCGCUGGCAAGCAGCUUGAAGAUGGAAGGACUUUGGCGGACUAUAACAUUCAGAAGGAGUCCACCCUCCACCUUGUCCUGCGUCUGCGUGGUGGCUUCUGAAGGGGUCUACUUCUUGUUCCGGAGUUGCUGUCGCUGUGUCUGUGUCUGUUGAUGAUGGCUCUGAAGGUUGUUGGAUUUAUCAUGGAUGUUUGAAGAUUGUUUUUUAAGUUUCUGGUGUUCAUGAGGUAGCCUAAUGGCUCCUCAAGUUUCAAGCUUUGUUUGUUUCAGUUCUAUGUUGGCCCUGGUGGCCUUGUGAACAGCUAUUUCUCUUUCGGUUUUCUGUUGAAUAAUAAUGUCUGGAAGUAUUUCG